GUUGUUGUGUUGAAAUGGUAAACGUGUGCUCCGUGCAGACUACAGCUUUUAUUAGCUAUAAAAAAUAUUUCGCAGUGCAGCUGUUUGAAAUGUUACGAUGAUGCAUUAUAUCGGUUUUGUAUUAUCUAUUGGUAGCUAAUUGGUAAAAUAUGUAAUAACCAUAAAUGCGUUUCUGUGAAGAAAAUGUGAGGAAUUACAAAUGUAAGCGAGCAUAUUGGGUGUUAAGCAUUUUGUAUUUUUUUUAAAAUGUUAUGCAUUUUAUUCACACUUUAGAAUCUGGAAUUGUUAUACUGAGGAGAAAACAGACAGAUGUUUGCAUAAUAACCAGUCAGAUUGUUUUACUGCAGUGGCUUGCUUCGACAGUCUUGGUAGACAGUGGGUUAAUAAUAAAUCAGACCAACUGUGAUCUCUCAGUACUGUUUCUCUCAUAUGCUCCCAGAUACGCCAUCCUGCCUUCCUUAGAGAAUCGUUUUUUUUUUUGCCCUGUACUGGCGUGUGAUUGGUGAAUUGUACUAUCAAUCUUCACGACGCCUCGGUGCGUCUGCUUUUCAUUGGUCGGGCGUCUCCGUUCAGGCGGUACAUCGGAGCCUGCCUAUUGGCUGGAUCCUUACGUGCAUCGCGCGCUGGACUGAUUUACCACGCUUUGAUUGGUCAGACAUUCAUGUUCGGUUGUGCGCUGCUAAUUGUAUUUUAAAGAGGCAGGCCUUACCGAUUUGAAUGGUUUUUUUUUAUUAUCGUACUGUACAAAGUUGAAUGUAAGCCAUUUAAUUUCGCGUAUUUGCAUUAUUUUGUGGUCUAAUUAUUUUCAUCUCAGUCAAUUCAUCUCCGCAGUAUGGAUUACUCAACAACCUCUAGCGGGUUCAGACAGCGUAAGUUACAACAGAAAGCGAGAAUGAGGAACGCGACGCCGGACGGGCCCGAACCCAGCCAGCUCUUCGAUGACACCAGCACCGGCAGGAGGGCGGCGGGCCCGGGUUUCAGGGGCUCAGAAGCAGCGGGGGCGGGCUACCCAGGACAGGCUCUGCUCUCCGACCCCAUGUCCAAUCUGGCAAUGGCGUAUGGUAGCAGUCUGGCCAGUCAGGGAAAACAGAUUGUGGACAAAAAUCUGGACAGAUUCAUCCCCAUCUCCAAGCUGAAAUACUACUUUGCUGUGGACACGGUCUAUGUGGGCAGGAAGCUCGGCCUGCUGGUCUUCCCUUACAUGCACCAGAACUGGGAGGUGAGUUACCAGCAGGACACCCCAGUGGCACCCAGGUUCGAUAUCAACGCCCCUGACCUGUACAUUCCAGCCAUGGCAUUCAUCACCUACAUCCUGGUGGCAGGGCUGGCUCUGGGGACUCAGAACAGGUUUUCCCCUGAAAUUCUGGGCAUGCAGGCCAGCUCAGCCCUGGUGUGGCUCAUCAUCGAAGUGCUGGCUACUCUCCUCAGCCUGUACCUCGUCACAGUCAACACUGACCUCACCACCAUCGACCUCAUAGCCUUCUCUGGGUACAAGUAUGUGGGAAUGAUUGUAGGAGUUGUGGCCGGGCUGCUUUUCGGAAGAACAGGUUAUUAUCUGAUGCUGCUUUGGUGCUGCAUAGCCAUCUUUGUCUUCAUGAUCAAGACUUUAAGGCUGAAGAUCCUUUCGGAGGCGGCAGCGCAGGGCGUGCUGGUGAGGGGGGCGAAGAACCAGCUCCGGAUGUACCUGACCAUGGCCAUCGCGGGCCUGCAGCCCGUCUUCAUGUACUGGCUCACGUACCACCUGGUCAGAUGAGGUGCCCGCGCGCUCGGGGGGGCAAGCCGUGGGCCCCCCGCCGCUGCCGCCGCGCCCCUCACUUCCUGAUCAUCUCACCCGGGGACGGCUUCAACCUGGAAUUCUGCAGAACCAUCUCUAGCGGCGCCGGCACACUGCUCAGCACAAACGGACUGUUUUGUAUUUUUAUUUCGGAAUGUGAAUGUUUACCGCAGAUCAUGGGAGAGCAUCCUUCCCGUAGGGAAGAUUUUUGAUGUGUUGUUAUUUUUCGGUCAGCUCUUUUGAAGAGGAAGGCUAGCAUACGCUUUCAGCUGAUAAGUGGGUAUUCUCCAGGAAACGCAGGGGAGAGGAGGGAUUGCGGGGCGCACAUCCAUACACCACAACACAUUGCCCACGCUUUUCAUUAGGUUUCCCCCCUCCCGUUGCUAAAAUCAAACGCUUAGUGAACUCGAAUCACCAGCUCGGACUCAGAAUUGGCGGUGUUGUGUGCGUUAUCCCGUUCGCCUUACUUGAACAAGUGAAAAUUCAGGGCAAGCCGCCGGUGGAGGCAUAAACCAAAAACCCUUCGUUGUAGUGGAGUCACGGUGGGCGAGGACGUGCGCUGUUCGGCGAUUACAGCGGCUGUAGGCCGCCCUCUCUCCGGCGAUUACAGCGGCUGUAGGCCGCCCUCUCUCCGGCGAUUACAGCGGCUGUAGGCCGCCCUCUCUCCGGCGAUUACAGAGGCUGUAGGCCGCGCUCUCUCCGGCGAUUACAGCGGCUGUAGGCCGCGCUCUCUCUCUCUAACCGCUUCGGAGAGGAAUGAUGGCGCUGCUCCGUUCCCGGCUGCAGGCCCGGAGCCAGGUUCGAGCCCCAGCCUUUCUGCUGGGGGAGAGGGGCCCAGGCGCAGCGGGCAGUGUUGGGCUGCUAACGAUCAUUCCAGCCACACAGGAAGGGCUGAUCGAUUAAAAACACGCCCUGAUCACACAGGCCUUUCUCGGCUUUCAGCUGCAGCAUUGCGCCACCCCCAGAACUGGCCCUCUUGUCAUGUUGCAGCCUCAUUCCUGAAGCGGUCCUGCUACAGUGUCCGUACUCCGAUGUGUCUGAACGCAAAAGAACUUAAUAUGGCCUCUGAUUGCCAGGCAAUAAGAAUAAAUCAGGGUGUCAGAAUUUUUAUUUCACUUGUUGGUCAUCGCCCCCCAAAUAAAGAAAGAACAUCAGUCAGAUGGGUCACCAGUUUGUUUCAGAAUGCUAGAAUUUCAGAAUGUCACUGGCACUUCCGACUGGUCGUGUGCCUUACGCCAUUCCCAAGACACGAUUAAAGAAAUGCAAUCCCAUUACAAGGGCAUCCACCCUGCGGAAAAGCAGCCGUCGGAGAAGCUCUUCAUGCACAUCGUGCAUAAGUGGUUGAAAAAGAAAGGGGCUACUCUGAACUAUGUCUUGUGGAAUUGAGCCUUUCUCUUUAGCUGUUUUUACUGAUGUGUUCCUUUUAGCCAAUCCUGUUGCGUAUUAGGCUGGUCCCCGUUUUACAGCAUGGUUGUAUUGGUAAUUGGCAAUUGUAUUGGUAAUUGGGAAGAGUUGUCAGAUGCCUCUGUACACCACUUGUGUCAGCAGAUUUACAGUAAGGGUUGCUGAAGAGUGGAGCCAACAGUUAAUCAGUUUUGUCCUUCUGCUGCCCUCUAAGGCCACAAAACACCUUUAAGGUGUUUUCCCUGCACGUCCUCUGUAAUUCGGAUUGCAAUCGGAGCUCUGGUACCGCGCUUUACAAUCCAUUUGAACUCUUGCUAAUAUCUGUUUUGUAAGUCUUCUCACAAUUCCACAAUGUGGAUGCUUUUGAUGUGUGUCCUGCGAGUAUGUCAUUUAUUUAUAUUUGUACCCGUGAGUGGGUGAUGAAACAAUAAAAAGAGACGAAACGGA